AUGGCAACUCAGGUCCAACGCCUGAGCACCCUGCUUGCCCUAUUUGUAUCAUUUGCGUGGGCCUGCGUGUGGCUAAGCGACAUUGAACGUCUCCGAAUCUUGGCUGAGCAAUCUGACACCAAUGCGCCGUCUGUUGCUAUUGGAUUGAAUAAUCUUGGUUCAAGCAGAGUUGUGCAACAAUGGUUGCAGAGAGUUCGUGCUCGUUUUGCAGUCUCAUCUCCUGUUGGACCCACGCCCGCCUAUGCAGGGUCUCCUGUGAGGCCGCCCAAGCGCCUGUUUGCAAGCCUUGAGGAACCUCAUCUAUCUUCAGCUGCUGCAGAGGGGACUCAGGCAACCUGGCCCUUACUGCGCGACCGUGAUGCGUGCGAAUUGCGACGGGGGUAG